AUGGAAGACAACUCUUCAGUUUACGAAGAUAAUGAAUUUGAUCUUACCAUCGAGGAAUUCGACCAGAUUACAAGCCCAACCCGUUGUAUCGUUUGUCAUAGCGAUCACUUAGAUUCAGACAGUGACACAGCUGUGAUGUCCACCAUCGAAGUAAACAGCGAUAGCACAGGCAACUCGGACACGGAUAACGAAGACUCUUUUACUGAAGACAUCGCCGAUCCUGAUGCCGACCCAGAUGCUGGUGGCGUACAACGAGAUGAUAUCCGAAGCAACGGCAAGUCGUGGGAAGGAUGA